CCGCUUGUAACAGGUAAUUCACAGCCUCACAUCUCGACGCAAUGAAGUCUUUCGUGUGCUUUGUCUUACUGCUCUGCGUUCUGACAGCAAUGCAGGAUUUCCGCCGUGACUUAUUCGUUAGUGGAGCACCCGAGUUCUACGACUGCAGUCUAAAAGUGAUCACGAUCAAUACAGGACGUCGAUGCAACCUUGAGUGCCAAAAGAAGGGCUUCCUCGGUGGAUUUUGUAGCUUGAAAGGCUGUAUAUGUACAAACGGUAAAAAGAAGAAACAUUGA